AUGAAACAAUCUGAUACAACACGAAAUGGUGGAAAAAAAUCACCUUCCUCAGCUCUAAAAGCUUUUGCUGUUCAUUCCCACCUCACUCUUUCUCACUUUUGCUUAUUUGCUUGCGACCCUCUCUCGAUGACUAUAAAAAAAGAAAAGCAAAAAACCGCCAUUAAAUAUAAUAUCGCGAACGACAACAACAAUAGGAGGCUUCACAAAAUGGCAUCGUGGUGA